GGCUGCAGCGGCGUCUUCGGUUCUUUAUUUCUCACAGGUAUCUCACUCCCUUCAUCGCCACAGCAAGUCACCUGGAUUUUAAGAAACAAAACAAAAAAAACAAAGAAAAGAAAGAAAAAAAAACACUCUUUUCCGACGUGCACUCCACCCGAUGUGAAUAAAUCAAGAGGGGAAAGGAGAGCAGAUAAAACAGAAGAGAAAUGGGAGCGUUCAGGGUGCUGCUGGGGAGUUUACAUUACAUGGGACUCUACAUGCAACUUAGUGUCUGCACAAGGCAAGCUGGACACGGCGAGAUAGAGAACCACAUCUCUGGGAACGCCAUGUUCACUGAGGUGCCUCAUGAUAUGACGGCUCAGAGAGGUCAGGAUGUGGAGAUGGCUUGCUCCUUCAGAGGGGCUGGGACGCCCUCGUAUUCACUGGAGAUCCAGUGGUGGUACAUCAGGAACCAUCUUGACUGGACAGACAGACAGCCUUGGACAACCAAUGAAGUGGCUCCUGAGGAGGAUAUGCCAAAAGAUGCUACAAAGAUAAGUGUUGUGAAGGUCGUAGGAAGCAACAUCUCCCACAAACUCCGCCUAUCCCGGGUCAAGCCAUCUGACGAAGGCACCUACGAGUGCCGCGUUAUCGACUUCAGCGAUGACGCAGGCGCCCGCCACCACCGCGUCAGAGCCUACCUACAGGUGGUGCCGGAGAGCGACGUCAUCAACAGCAACCACAACGACAACUUCGAGUCCCUGGACGACACCAAGGGAGGAGUGGCAUUCGCUGAUGGGGAGGACACGGAGUCUCAUGGUGGCACCAAAGAGCACGCUCAUGGCCAUCACCAGAAUCACGGGCACCACCAGGAGCACGGGAAGCGGCCUUCGUCGCCAUCCCACCACGGCCACAGCCACAGCGGCAGCAGUCAGCAGCACAAGGCGGGCAGGGAGCUGAGGAAGAGGGACGUGGACAGUAACCAAGGCCACAAUGACUGCACCAACGAGCCAAGCUGUACGCUGUAG